UACUUUGGCAUUACUUACUUAGACUCGAAGGAUAACAGGACAUCGGGAACGCACCAGGGGAAGACGGGACACACGACACGAGGACACCGUUGGGCGAGGAUAACAGCAACAACACCAGCUUCAGAGCAGGACCGGACGGCCUGGUUGCUUUCGAAAACAUGCCGCUGGCGUUGCACGUGUUGCAGCUCACGUCUGCUGCCUCCCCUCCGCCCCACUAGAGGCAGAGCCCUACUCGAUUGGCGGCGGUGGGGGCUGGGGGCGGUGUGGCGUGAGGAGCCCACUGUAACGGCACAAUGCCGGGUGGAAAUGCAACAACUGCGGCGGCAACAACAGCGCGGGCAGCGCUCGCAGUAGCGGCCAGCACGUCCACCGUUGCGACCACGUGGCUGCAACAACUGCUCAACAACAACCGCUCGACGGAGGCGACACGGGGCGGCGGCGCCGGCGUCAGUCGUAGUGGAGAUGGCGGCCGGCCAACGGAUACGGACCUUGGGGCGACGCUGUACGAGGACGUGGAAGCGGCGGCGGAGGACGCCGGCUACGCGCUGAUCGACGAUAUCAGCGAAUGGCUGCUGGGACCCUCUGCCGGCGGGCCGGCGACGGAGAACAGCACUUCCAUGGCGAACGAUACACUGGGCAGCUGGCUGGGAGUCAACGAUCUCGGAAAUCUCGGCGAGAUGCUGAACACCACCCAGCUGGCCGGCCAGCUACGGGGGAACGCCACCCCGCCAGGUGAGGCGCUGGACGCGGUGGAGGCCGAGAUGGAGCUGGCGGGUGGCACGACGACCGGGGCCCCGGAGACGGGUCGCUUUGAUUUGCGCAGCUUCGUGGAGCAGCAGCUGGAGGGCGCCGUCGGAGGGGAGGCGGAAUCGGGGGGCAUAGCCCUCAUCGACAGCGGGGAGGAGGCGGCCCUCGACAACGUGGCGGAUGCAGAGACCGACUACGGUCUGCUGAACAACUUCGGGAACGCCGAGUUGAUUCAGAGAACCGCUACGGCAGCCCGCGAGACUCUAGCAAAUCGCACCCACCAUCGGCUAGGAGGCGGCUUGGCGGGAGCAGGGUCUGCAACCGGAUACGGGGGAGGAGCAGGAGGAGGUCUGGGGGGUGCAGAGCCUGGCACUGCAGCCGGAGGCUCGGGAGGCAGCACAUUUAUGCUGCUGCUCGAAAACUUUAACGAUUAUUUUCCAAACUACAAUGGCAGUGCGGUGACGGGAACGAGCACCACCGCAAUGGCGGGGGCGGUGGCCACCGCCGGACACGGCAGCGGCGGAGGACUCCUCGUCGAGCAGAACCUGACGGGCCUGUACCUCGACGGCUACCGGUUCAACUGUACCAACGAGACGCUCAACCUGACCGACUCCUGUGCCGAAAUGAGAGUGGUGGACCACAACUACUGGGCGCUCAUCCUGAUUCUGUUCCCCAUCCUGACCCUCUUCGGCAACAUUCUAGUCAUCCUGUCCGUUUGUCGGGAGCGCUCCCUGCAAACAGUCACGAAUUAUUUUAUAGUCUCACUGGCCAUAGCCGAUCUCCUGGUAGCCGUGGUCGUAAUGCCAUUUGCCGUCUAUUUUCUGGUAAAUGGAGCCUGGGCCCUGCCUGACGUUGUUUGUGAUUUCUAUAUAGCCAUGGAUGUGAUAUGCUCUACUUCAUCGAUAUUCAACUUAGUUGCCAUCUCCAUAGACAGAUACAUCGCUGUGACGCAGCCAAUAAAGUACGCCAAGCACAAAAACAGCCGCCGCGUUUGCCUUACGAUUCUGUUGGUUUGGGCCAUAUCGGCUGCCAUAGGCUCGCCAAUAGUUCUGGGCCUGAACAAUACGCCCAAUCGCGAGCCGGAUGUCUGCGCCUUCUACAAUGCCGACUUCAUCCUCUACUCCUCCCUGAGCAGUUUCUACAUACCCUGCAUCAUCAUGGUUUUCCUCUACUGGAAUAUUUUCAAGGCCCUGCGGAGUCGAGCGCGGAAGCAACGAGCGGCCCGCAAGCCCCACCUCUCGGAGCUGACCGGCGGCAGUGUCAUCGAGAACAUCGCCCAAACCCGCCGACUGGCCGAAACGGCCCUGGACAGCAGUCGGCAUGCCAGCAGGAUCAUGCCGGACGAGCCGGCCACCAACACGGCCAGCGGCUCCAACGAGGAGGAGGACGAGAACGCCAUCUCUCCGGACAUCGAUGACUGCCACGUCAUCGUCAACGACAAGUCCACCGAGUUUAUGCUGGCCACCGUUGUCGAGGAGACGGGCAACAGCGUCGUGGCCCAAAUCACCACCCAGCCCCAACUGGUGGUCGCCGAUCCGAACGGUAAUCAUGAUUCUGGUUAUGCUGCCUCAAACGUUGACGAUGUCCUUGCAGGCGUGGGCGCUCCGCCCUCCGCCGGCGCCUCCGCCUCCGCGGCGCCGCCCAGCAGCGGCUCGCCGCCGGACAGUCCGCUGCCCAGUGGCGCCACCCUGCAGCGGUCCAGCGUCAGCAGCCGACGGAACACUGCCGACGAUUCGCCGAAGCGCGGCGACCCCGCCGCCCUCAGGUCAGUCGCAGUCGAUAACACCAGCGUCGCCAUGAAGCCAUUGUCCUUUGUCCGGUACGGAGUGCAGGAGGCCAUGACUUUGGCACGCAACGACUCAACGCUAUCGACCACAUCGAAAACGUCCUCGCGCAAGGAUAAGAAGAACUCGCAGGCGUCAAGAUUCACGAUAUACAAAGUGCACAAGGCCUCGAAAAAGAAACGCGAAAAAUCGUCGGCCAAAAAGGAGCGCAAGGCCACCAAAACAUUGGCCAUAGUUUUGGGUGUCUUCCUAUUUUGCUGGCUGCCGUUCUUCAGCUGCAACAUCAUGGACGCCAUGUGCGCCAAGUUCAAGAAAGACUGCCGCCCGGGUCUGACGGCCUACAUGCUUACCACCUGGCUGGGCUAUAUCAACAGCUUCGUCAAUCCGGUCAUCUACACGAUAUUCAACCCCGAGUUCCGCAAGGCCUUCAAGAAGAUCAUGCACAUGGGGUGAUUGCAAACGCCCCUGGAUGCGGAGAGCCAUGCGGAUCAAAGGAUGUUGUAUCACGGAGGAGUACGGAGUACGGAGCAGUGUGCCAAAAAUCCAAGCAAUCCAAGAAGCACUAAGAUCUCAACUCGCCACUCAAUUAGGCAUUUGGGUUUUGUGUUGAAUUACUUAUCGUUUAUUUCAACGUUUGUUGGUUGUUUCAGUAGCAUUAAGUACGUAUGUGUAUACUCGACGGUUUAGCUAUUUUAUGUAAAUAGAUCCUGUAUAUAUCGACUAAGGAACUCGGUGUCAGAACUUAACGAGCUGUAGGCUAGGCACAAUUUUAAAACAAUUACGUUUAGCUAACCCGACUAGCGAAAUACCUAAUAUAUAUAGUAUAUUAUACACAGGCCCAAGAAACCAAGCAGGCAGAAAAAGUAGGCCCCUUCCAAGGACUCCAAGACGAAAAACCUAGAAGUAAGUUCGUAUAAUCAGCUAUUUGGCACUUAGGAUGUACGGUUCGCUUUAAUCAGAGACGUAGUGCUAUUUUUUGUUGGCUGCUCUCGAAAUUCCGGACAUAUCACGAGCAGCUGGCAAAAGUGUAUUCCCAACCCCACCCCCUGCCGCCCAAGUCUCUGACACGCCCCCACCCGCCCCAUUUUUUCCAAAAAACCAAAACCCAAAAAAGGAAAACAAAAGUAAGCUUAAAAUCUAGCUAAGUGUAGUAAAGAAAUCCAUAUCUCUAAAAAGAACGACAUGUGGCUCUGCUGGGAGCAGUCCUGUGUCGAUAAUUGGUAUCGAUAAUUAGUGUAUUAGUUAGUUAUCGAAUAUCGAUAGAUUAAGGCAACAAGCGGUACUUUGAGGUCAGCGCUCGCCAGCAACAACACGCACAGAACACUAACACGAAUGAUCCAAGUAGGUUAAGAUCUGUCUUUUGUUUAAAGUUCUUUGACAGGGAAGUAUUUUGGUGAAAAUCGAUAGAUUACCGACAGCCAGUCGAUAGAAUAUCGAUGGCCAUUUGUACCCCUAGCUACUGAUAUUUUUUCAAUGGAAUGAAUGUGUAUGUAGCCGCCAAAGCCUGGGAGUUCUUCGGGUAAGCCCGAGCUGUUGGCAAAAUGCAUACAGAAAAAUAAUCGACAGUUAUCGAAACACUCACUCACACAAGAAGACACCACAACCAAAUGAGCCCCACAAAUCGAAACUAGAAAUCGGGGGCCCUGACCUCGACGUCUCUCCGCUUCCGAGGCACCAAAUUUACGUUCAUCUGAGUUCACACUGAGAGAAACAGCAUGGUGGGAGACAAACGAUGUAUGCGCAUUUAAAAACCAGAGUUCGUACAUAGGCUAGACACUUAGUUCUAGGUAAGAUCUUAAGGAACAGCGUACCUAGUACGCGGACACAAAACCCGAUAUAAACUAUUCGUAAACUAUAUCAGAUAGUCUGUAGUAGAGAAGAGGGGAUAAGGAUAAGAAUAAGGAUAAGGAGGGAAGGCAAGAAUCAGGGUAUGUAGAUUGCUAGAAGCAAUUAGCUCCAGCUGAAGACCUACGGUAAUAUAUAGAGGAGACAGAAGAUAUAUAUGUUAUAUACUCAAUAGUGCAGUAUCAAAACUGAUGAGUUUUGAAACAUGGACCGAAACCCCGAUCCCGACGCCCCUGGCGCAAGUCCCGAAUAAGGGGGGGAGCAUGCCCCUUGCUCUCGGUCCGGACCAGGAUCUGCAUCCCAAGGACCAAGGACCUGUGCUCACGGGCAUCGAUGGGGCGUUUGGGUCCCUGAUUUCAACGGCCGUCCUCUUAACUGUUUCUAUGUGACAAAUAAUUAAUAGAUACUUAAUCGUACUCGUACACGUGUAAUACUUUAUACAAAUUCCAUAUAUGAUAUGAAUGAAUAUUGUCUAGGAUCUAAGUACUAUAAAGACCCCCUCUCCCAUCCACAACCCCAAGAAAAUCCCUUUGUAGUAAGAAAAGCUCAACUGUUUUUUUAUACUUUCCUACAAAAAAAAAAAUAUGAAAAAAUGUAAUGUGUGUGUGAAUGUGUGUGUGAGUGAAUAUAUCCUGAGUGCAAAUUGUUUUUUUUUUUAAAUGGGUAAUUAAGACUAGGAUUAAGACUUAACAAAUAACAGUUCAACUUUCAGAAAUGCUCCUAAGUUAGGUUCUUCCAAAGAAAACGCUUAUUAAUUAUAGAAUAAUUGGUAAAUGUGCGACUUGCAACUUGAAUUAACGGUAAAGAUACAUAUAUAUAAACAAAGGAUAUACGUACACCAAAUACAAAAACAACAACAAAAAGAAACAACAAAAACAAGAAGAACAACAACAAAGAUCAGACUCAAUAACGUUGAUUUAUGAAUGAAAUCGUAGCUUGAGUUCCCGAAUCGUUAAAUUGUUAUCUGUUAUUGUUAUUUUGUGGUUUUAAUAUAAAAAAACAUAAUACUCGUAAGGUCCCUCCGUAACAUCAAAAUAUACACAUAGCGAAAAAGGAUCUUUGUACCAACUAAGCAUAUGAAGGUAUAUGCCUGAUAUUUAGCAAAAUGAAACUAUUUUAAAGCAAUGUUUAUUACUUUUAUCAUUUUUAUCAUUUUUUUUUUACUAGAAAAAGUUAUGAAUUAUAAACUAAUUGAAACGUAGGCUAAGCUCUGAGAAAGGCAAACUAUUUCAAGGAUAAUUACACAAUAGCUAAUGAGAGUAAUAAUAGCAAAUAACAUGAUUAAAGGAUAACAGAAAACUUAAUGUAAUACCAAACAGGAAAUAAAAUAAAU